ACACAGACACCCCGUUAGGUUUGCUGACGUCUGGUUAAAGAGUGACGACACAGGUGGAGGCAACAUAUAAACGGGUGACAACAACAACUCGUCAUCUACAAGCAUGAAGGUCAUCAAUUUGGGUCCAGACCCAUCGCUGGUGUAUCAACCAAAUAUGGCACCUAAAACCACAAAGGAAGACUACAGAAACUUUGAGACGGGGAGUGUCGCCGAGCAUGUGUACGACACAUACAAACUGAUGCACACCAACCAGACUGUGGACUUUGUCAAGCAAAAGCACUUGGAAUGGAGCGGCUGCAGCCACGCCGAGAUGCCCAUGAUGGACGCCGUCAUGUCUCUGGACCAGCUGGUGGACGAGUCUGAUCCAGACGUGGACUUCCCUAACUCCUUCCAUGCCUUCCAGACGGCUGAGGGCAUUCGCAAAGAGCACCCAGACAAUGACUGGUUCCAGCUAGUGGGUCUGAUACACGAUGUUGGGAAGGUCAUGGCGCUGUGGGAUGAACCUCAGUGGGCCGUGGUGGGUGACACAUUCCCUGUGGGCUGCACGUUUCAAAACUCCAUCGUGUUCCGAGACAGCACCUUCCAGGAGAACCCAGACGACACAAAUCCCAGCUACAACUCUAAAUAUGGCAUCUACAAACCAAAUAUCGGGCUUGACAGUGUCCUCAUGUCCUGGGGUCAUGAUGAAUACCUUUACCGCGUUCUCCAGUUCAACAAGUGCUGCAUUCCCAAGGAGGGCCUCAACAUGAUCCGCUACCAUUCCUUCUACCCCUGGCACUCCCAAGGCGACUACAUGUACCUGUGUGACGACACAGACCUGCAAAUGUUGCUUUGGGUGAAGGAGUUUAACAAAUUCGAUCUCUACACAAAAGUGGCCGAGCUGCCCAACGUGGAGAAGCUGCGUCCGUACUACCAGUCGCUGAUCGACAAGUACUGUCCCGGGAUACUGAAGUGGUGAAACAGCACAGCGAGUUAUAAAUUCACCACCAAAUAGGGAAUUACAGUAAUCCCUCGUUUAUCGCAGGGGUUAGGUUCCAGACCACCACCGCAAUAGGUGAAAUCAGGUGUAGCAGCAUGCAUUCACUGACAUACAGUCCCCUCCAGAUGUAUUGGAACGGCAAGGUCAAUUCCUUUGUUUUUGUUGUGUACUGAAGACAUUUGGAUUUCAGAUCAAAAGAUGAAUAUGAGACAAAAGUUGAGAAUUCCAGCUUUUAUUUCAUGGCAUUUACAUUUAGAUGUGCUAAACAACUCAGGACAGAGCACCUUUUGCUUGAAGCCACCCACAUUGCAAGUUAGCAAAAGGAUUGGAACAGACAUUAUUAAAUUAACUUAAAGCGAAUAAUUAAUAUUUUGUGGCAUCACGCUUACUUGCAAUAAAUGCAUGAAGUCUGCGACCCAUAGGUUUCACCAGA